AUGCUACUUCAUUUUGACAUUGUAAUUCAAUUACUAUCAAGUCAUACCCUUAAAUCGCACCAAGUAGAGCCCCCCAUGGAUUUUGAAACGUCGUUCGAAGAAUUUGUCGAAGAUAAACGAUUCAUUGCUCUAGAGGUAUCUGAUAAUGAUGACGAUUGUGACACUGAUUUGACUGCUGACACAGCUGACGAGCUGGAAAGCUCUGCUAUCUUAAAGAUGAGGGAGUCUGAUGCAUCUUUAAAUGUUACCACCGGCAAUAAUACAUCAAGGAAAACGACUUCCAAUUCCAAAAAACGAUGGUCUCUAUUAUCCAAUCAUUCUGCUGUUUCAUCAUCUAAAUCUAAGAAAAGAUGGUCUGUACUUUCUUCAAGCUUUACCAGUGAAUCUCAUAAGGACAGGGAAUCGAGGAACGUUUUGCAACAAAAAAGAAAAUCCUUGCAGAGUUAUUCAAGCUUAGAUACGGUAGCAUCUAAUAGCUCUAUCUCUGCUUCUUCUUCUUUGAAAAGAUCGUCCACUGGUCUUUCCCUCAGACAAUUGUUUACCAAGAUAGGCAUAAACGAUGAUAUAUCACAACCUGGGAUCGGGAUUCCGCAAGGUAAGGAAAAUCUGCCUCCAACUAUGGGCAAAAAAAAUUCAUCAAUUGCUUCCACUAGUUCGGAAAACAGACUUAGGACACCAUUGAAGCCGCUUGUUAAUCAUUCUAAAAGGCCCACUUCACAACCACAACAGCAACAACCACUAUAUAAUGCAUCAUUGUCCUCGAGAAGAUCGUCGAUUUCUUCCACUGUCUCUUCUUCCAGCUCGUCUAAAUGGAGAUUCUGGAAGAGAAAUAAGAACCAGACACCUGCAUUGUUGCAACCAGACCACCAUUCUUUAAAAACCUUUCCUGCAGUAAACCGUCGUGAUUCCAUGACGCCCGUUGAACCAAGAAAUAUGGUAAAACAUAAGACAUCCUUUUCAGAUUUCCAUAAGACUAUCUUCAGUUCAAAUACGUAUUCUGAAAGCAGCGAUACAAUAUCUUCCAUGGAAAUUACUUUGAAAAACAAAGCUUCUUCCUCAAGUCUAUCUUUGAACGUGUUGAAGAAAAGGAAUUCGCAAUCAAGUUUGAAGCACAAAAGUUCACAUGCAUCCUUACAAAAAUUCAAAAGAAACAAAGGAAAGUCCUCCAUGAUAGCACCAUCGACAGCAACUAAUAGCAGCAAUGAUGACUCUUGUAGCUACAGUUCCAAAAAUUCUACGUUGAGUCACCGAAUAUCGUUACCUGUACCGGACCAAGUUUCCCGUGAUAAAAUUCAGAACAAAUUAAGAUAUUCGACCUCAUUACUCUCAUUAAAUUCUAAAUCAUCUUUACCGAUGAACAAAAAUGAUCAUGAUGAGACACUUCUAAGACAGAUUUUACUAAAUUGUGAUAUAAAGAGAAUUUUAAACCCCGCAAAAGGAGAUGUAUUGCCUUUAAUCAACGAUGUAAACCAUUUGUCAUCAAUACAAUUAACAUCAAAUGUUUGGCAAAUUGGUGAAGUAAUCUGUAAAAAAGUUUCUCUCGGUACUAUUGAUGACAUUACAUGGGAUAGAAAGUUCUUAUCUUUGCAGGAACUGGAAAAACUCAAAAUCAUGCAACAAAAAUUUGAUGGCAUACCGCAACUAUUGAAAAGUUUUGUUGUUAAAGAGGCAAAUGGGGGGUUGUAUUUGUACUUACUAUUCAAAGAUCACGGUACCCCAAUUUCGUUAAUCUCACUGAAAAACUGGAAGCAGAUUCUAAAGAUUUUUUGGUCUUGUGCUGGUAUAAUUCAUGGGUUGGAAAAAAAUUUGAAAUUUGAACAUCGUAAUCUUACUUUGGAUAAUAUUUUGAUAGAUGGUAAUGGGAAUAUAACAAUUAUUGAUUUUAAAUGCAGUAGAUUGCAAACUCCUCAAGAUGAUGUUUUAUAUCUACGGCUAGAUCAUCCACUCUUUUUUCUAAAUGGGAAAGACAAGAGUAAAAUAAACGAAUACCAGUAUCAAUUUGAGUUUGAAAUCUAUCAAAGUAUGCGGAUCUUGUUGAACAUGGACGCGUCAGCUUUUGAGCCCAUGACAAAUUUGUAUUGGUUAUAUUACCUGUCACGCGUUUUACUAAAGUUUGGUGACAGGAAGCUUGGUAAGAAUGAUGCAAACAGGGAUAAAAUGGCAAGGGUGAUAAACCAUUUGGAAAUGAACUUGGCAGUUCAUAAAAGAGGGGGGCAGUUAUUCAAAAGAUUGGAGACGGAGGACAUUAAGAAUACUGGAGAUUUACUAAAACUUUAUAAAUAA